UUUUUUAACGCGGACGGGACCUGCUUGACCGCCGGAGAAUCUCAUAUGGGUGAAUGAUUACAGCGUAUGAAUGUCACACUGAAAAGCGAACUAGAAACCGUAAAAAAUGAAACCGUAAACUGAAACGCAACUUAUAAGAAGAUUGUUUCGUCUAGGCAAGAAAUGCGAAAAAUUUUACUGUAAAUUUACAGGACAAAAAUGAAAAAGAAACUUCGUAAGAUUUGCGAUUAAAUCAAUUGAAAGUCCCUUGAUUUCAGAAGAUGUUGGAUCCGUCAUAUCGAUAUCAAAAGUCGACAUUAUGGCUUGCUUGGUGGGAGAUGUUAACAUUUUUAUUAUCAACGAAAGCCAUGUCUGGGGAACAGCAAUCCUUGGUAUUUUACCAAAGUGGCAGCGGCAGUGGUGACCAUAGCAACGCCUUCGCCAACCGCGAUUCACUAAUCAUCAAGUUUUUUCAAAAUCCUGAAGAACGAACCAAAAAAGUAAAGCAAAGCAAACCUUUUCUGGACUUUCUCUCUUAUUAUAAAAGAAAAGUCUACCCAGACAAGCUAGACGAAGGACUUGUAGAAGCAAUCGAACACCAUAUCGAAGAAAUUGAGCCGCAGUUUCGGUCAGCGUCAUUUGCGCAGUUGUGGCAUGCGCUGAGAAUACCGCUGACCGAAUUCUUCCGUCCUAAAAGUUCGGAUUUUUUACUCGAAGAGCUUGUGAGUUGUCUCUAUGGCAACAAGACAAAUAUGAGCCCGCAGUCCAAGUUACCAGAGUUCAUCGAGGAAGUGAGAAGAGAUCUCAUCAUUUGUAAGAUCGGUGAUAUUUUAGACGCUAACAAGGCACAGAGCAGUAAGCUGUCUGCCAGACCGGUUUUUCAUCAGUUGUGGAAGGUACUGAGGGGUCCAAUGACCCCACUUCUUGUAGCAGAUUUAAGAACGAUGGUGCGGGAACUUGCGCAGUAUACAUCGAGGUUUGAAAUGGCAGGAAUCCAAUAUCAGUUACCGGGGAAGAUGUCGGAGAUUAGACGCGAUGUGGUGAUAUGUAAAGUGGAUGAUGUGUUCAAUGUCCUCUACGAUACCAAUGUCAAUGAACUCGAGAGGGAAUUAUAAGAGAUAAUUGGACUGGUUCAAGCUAUAGGUCAGCCUGUAAUGGAAAUAUGCAUGGACUCAUUCAAGUGGAUGUCCAUGUUAGCAUUGGAUAUACCCAUGUUUGUUCACGACACACAGAUAGGUUUGUUAAAUAAAUAUCCGCAUAAACUGCAAGCCUUCGAUCGAUAUAUGCUAUUCAAGACUUUAUUCACACCCAUGAUGGUAAAUCAAAAAAUCGUUGGAAAAAAAGUCGUUAAUUAGGUCCGGCACCCUUCAAAAAAAUUUGUAGCGUCGUGAACCCUUCACAAGAACAACCGCCGGGAGUGAACUGGCUUGUCGAAGCAAACAAAAAGGAAGAAAGAUCUACACUUAAAAACCUAGAGCUAGCACUUUACGCCCUUACAUUGACGUACACAACACUGCAUGACAGAAAAACUAUAUAUAAUGAUAUGAUAAUGUUUGGAAAAAAUAUGUAAAACUGAAAUAACAAGCUAAAAAACAUAAGAAUGAAUGGAAUGUUUUUCAUCUCACUAUUAAAAAAUUAAAAAAUAAUAUCGAGCAAGUGCUAUAAAUAAUAUAUUUGAACAAUAUCCUAUUCUUGUUUUGACAACAUGUCCCAGGUGAUUCCGAAUACAAUAUUAAAUGAUCUACUGAGGUAGAUCACUACCUGGAAAA